AAGGAGCUGAAGCGGCCUCGGCCGGAGGCUUUGGGCCCCGGCUCCUGCCUUCACUUAGAGCUGGCUUCUGCUCCAGCGAUGGCUGCAGAAAGCAGCAAGCAGUUCUGGAAGCGGAGCGCCAAGCUGCCGGGCAGCAUUCAACCUGUCUAUGGAGCUCAACACCCUCCACUGGAUCCCCGGCUCACUAAAAAUUUCAUCAAGGAGCGUUCCAAGGUCAACGCACUGCCCAUGAAGAAUAAGAAGGCUAGCAGUUUUCACGAGUUUGCUCGCGACACCAGUGAUGCCUGGGAUAUUGGGGAUGAUGAAUAUGAGGACUUCUCAUCUUUCCAGACUUUGAACUCUAAGGUGGCCAAGGCCACAGCAGCACAGGUACUGGAAAACCACAGCAGACUACGUGUGAAACCUGAAUGGCCUCAGGCAGCUCUUAGUGAAACUCCAGCAAACUGUAAGGUCAUCAAGUCCAGUAGUGAUGCCCAGAUAUUUAGGACGCCUGAAGAUGUCUGCACACACAACUCCCUCCACAAGCAACAGUCACUACCACUCCGACCCAUCAUUCCACUUGUUGCUCGUAUCUCUGACCAAAACGCCUCAGGAGCACCUCCCAUGACAGUGCGUGAAAAAACUCGCUUGGAGAAGUUCCGACAGCUUCUUUCCAGCUCCAACACAGAUCUAGAUGAAUUGAGGAAAUGUAGCUGGCCUGGUGUCCCCAGAGAAGUCCGUCCUGUGACAUGGCGACUAUUAUCAGGUUACCUUCCUGCCAGCAUGGAGCGGAGGAAGCUGACUUUGCAGCGCAAGCGAGAAGAGUAUUUUGGUUUCAUUGAGCAGUAUUAUGACUCUAGAAAUGAAGAGCAUCAUCAAGAUACAUACCGGCAGAUCCAUAUAGACAUUCCACGGACAAAUCCUCUCAUCCCUUUGUUCCAGCAGCCAUUAGUUCAAGAGAUCUUUGAGCGCAUCCUGUUUAUCUGGGCCAUCCGACACCCAGCCAGCGGCUACGUGCAGGGGAUUAAUGACCUGGUCACACCAUUCUUUGUCGUGUUCCUCUCAGAAUACGUGGAAGAGGAUGUGGAGAAUUUUGAUGUUACAAACCUGUCACAGGAUGUGAUGCGGAGCAUUGAAGCAGAUAGCUUUUGGUGUAUGAGCAAGCUACUAGAUGGGAUACAGGACAAUUACACAUUUGCACAGCCUGGAAUCCAAAAGAAGGUCAAAGCACUGGAGGAACUUGUCAGCCGUAUCGAUGAACAGGUACACAAUCACUUCAGGGAAUAUGAAGUAGAAUACCUGCAGUUUGCCUUUCGUUGGAUGAACAAUUUACUGAUGAGGGAGCUUCCUCUUCGCUGCACUAUUCGCCUUUGGGAUACCUACCAGUCUGAGCCAGAGGGAUUCUCUCAUUUCCAUUUAUAUGUCUGCGCUGCAUUCUUGAUUAAGUGGCGGAAAGAGAUCUUGGAUGAAAAGGACUUCCAGGGCCUUCUAAUGCUGUUACAAAACCUACCCACAAUACACUGGGGCAAUGAAGAGAUUGGACUCCUUCUUGCUGAAGCCUACAGACUCAAGUACAUGUUUGCGGAUGCCCCCAAUCAUUACCGCCGAUAGAUACCAAGGUUCUGCCUCUGCGCCCCAUCAUGUUGGCCCAGUCCCAAUCACUGUGGCAUUGCAUCACUUGAGUCCUCAGACACUCUGACCAGGAACCCACUCUUUGCUGUAAAAAGCUCACACUGGACUUCUGUCUUAACUUUUGCGUGUGCCUGCCACUCUGUGCGUGGAUGUGCCACUGAAACCACCAUUAGUGUCCCAUGCUGUUAUGGUGGCCUCAGCUCAGUUGGGGAAGAUGUACGAAUAAACUGAGCCCCUGAAUGCACUUCAAGCCCCAGCCUGGGUCAUCUGAGCCUUGCAGCCUCUUGUUAACCCGCUUAAGCACAGACACACUCAUGCACUCCCAGCUGGGCCUGUAUAUUCCCUCCCCCCAGACGCUGUUUAAUCAAACUCCCCAAUGAAGAUGCCUUACAAAGAGUUCUGCCCUGGGGAAUGGCAGUGCCGUCGGACUCAAGAAGCUCUCAGGGCUUAGCUUCACUCGGCGUGUCUGAAGAAGUGUGGCAUUUUGAGAGUUAACAAGAGACACAUACACUCCACACACAUGCACACCUCCACACAGUUACACCCAGUGAAGCAUGUCUCUGCAUAGGUUGGUACACAUGUGUUCAAAAGGCUGUCUUGUCCACACACAGUUUGGAAUGACACAAGUGAACAAGACAGUAAGUCUCCUGUGAUUGGUUGGUUGGUUGGUUGGUUGAUUGGUUGGUUGAUUGGCUGACUGUCUGUCUGUCUGUCCGACCUGCUGUGUGAAUUGAAUUUAAGAGGGAGGACUGAGCUUAUAAAAAUCUUUCUGUGACAAUGACACUCCUCCAAGAAAUUAUGUGUAUAUUGUGUUCUUGUGUAUAUGGGUAAAAGAUGUACAAUAUCAGUCUUCUGUUUGUAGCAGAUAUGAUUUUAUAUUUAUAACGUGUGUCUCAAGCGUGUAAAGGCUGCCUCGAUUACAAAUGACAAUGGGCCCCUGCCUCCCCUGGCUGUCAGGGUUUUGGAGCUGUCUGCACAUCUGCACUAGCACAAUAUUCCCCCUUCCUCAAAACUUUCAUUCCAUUUCGGUUGUGACAGACCUCACUCUAAAGCAAAACACAUGGAGAGACCUCUGGAGCUUCAACCAUCUGGCCCCAAGUAGGGCAUCUGUGGUUGAGACUAAACCUAUAUUAUUGUAUCCAUCAAUUGAGAUGGGAAAUGCAACCCAGCCUGUGUUGCUUGGCUUUUCUCUCCUCCCAGCCCUGCUUGGCCUUCCUUCAGUGACAGAAAGAUGACUUUCUUGCUUUAAGGCUCUAAACUGUUCUGGAGAGAUAGGAAGAUGUGUUGUAUUCUGUACCAGACUCCCUUCCUCCAUGCUCCACUGUUGUCUCAGUGUGAUUUCUGACAAACAACGACAAAAAGUGUGUUUUUAUUUUGUUUACUCCAGCCAGCAGGUGGAGUCUCAUUAGUGCCAAGCCUUGACCUCUUUGGUUACAUUUGCUCCCUUGGGCUAUUUUGCAGUUUGUGUUGGGCUGACUUUUCAUUUCAUCAGGCUUCAAACUGCCGGCUCCUCCUUUUGUUUUCCCACUUGGGGCUGGAAAUCAAAAGCAGUCCAGCAGCUUUCUUGUAGUGAUGGCACCAGAGGAUGCAGGAGGCACAACAAGGCAAGAGCCUUGCUGCCAUUCAGACACCAAGCAGCGUUUCCCAAAUGGCUUUUCUAACCUGGAGUUGUUUUCUCAGGCAUUCUGACUUGAUUUUCUUUUGUGUGUGUGCCUUUUGUUGUUUCCUCUGAGACAGCAACCUGGUGGUCAUUAGUUUAACAUGACUAAUUAAAAAGGAAAACCAAA